AUGCCCCUCUCUCUUCGAAUCGCUCCAGCACCGACGGCUUUCUGUUACUCUCCGACUUUGGUUACCGUCGCCGGAGGGCUCGGUCCUGUAAAGCAGCACUGCCGGAUCCCGAAUUCCGGGGUCGCGACGAGAAGUGGAUUCUGUUCAGGUGGUGUUGUUUUAGAUUCGGGAAAGAGGCGCGGUUCCUGUGUGGUGAGGUGUAGCUUGGAAACAGUGAAUGUCAGUGUCGGCCAGGUGACGGAGGCUGACAAGGACACGUUCUGGCCAAUUGUUAAAGCCGCCGGUGAUAUGAUUGUUGUCCUCGACAUGUAUACACAGUGGUACGUUCGAUCGUGUGUUCAUGUUGGUGCGAAUCUCGCAUUCCUUGAUUACAUUCUCGUUUUUGGAAACUCCUUUUUCACACACUCUUUGAAUUCCGUCAAAUGUUCUGGAAUUUGCAGUUUGCUGGAAUCUUUCAUUUAG